AUGUGGACAUUCCGAACCAUAUUGAUAUUUGCUUUCCUUGUUUCAAACAUCUCCCUCGUCAACGGAGCAGAUUGCGACUCGAACCAGCCCCGCAAAGAAGGGGACCCCUCAGGCGCAGACAUCGCCAGCUUUCUUUCUGGUGCCCUGAACGACCCCAAUGGCAUCAUCUGUGCUGGUGGAUUCCCACCGCUAAACAAUACACUGAACAGCACACUGAACAGCAAAAUCACUACCUACAAUGCACGCUCGAUGCUUUUCAAUGUUACACGAGAAGACGCCACCAAGCCCAUUGAGAAUUGCGACGAAGCUUUCUCGAACAUCAUCGAACAAUGCAUCCAGAACGACAACUAUUGGGGCGGGGUUUGGCCCAGAAGACCCUGGGUCUCCUACCCCAUCACCAUCUUCAACGCCAACACCAUCUUCAACUCCAACACCAUCUUCAACCCUGUCGCCAUCUUCAAUCCCGUCGCCAUCUUCGAUCCCGUCACCGUCUUCGACCCCAUCACCGUCUUCAACCCUGUCGCCAUCUUCAACCCCGUCACCAUCUUCGACCCCGUCACCGUCUUCAGCCCCGUCACCAUCUUCAACUCCGACACCAUCUUCAAUCCCAUCACCUCCUUCAACGUCGACUGUGCUCACAGAGACGGACUCGGCUGGAAGUCUAAUGACUUUAACUUUCGUUCCCUCCACUGUUCCCGAAUAUGCGACCUUAACAAAAGUAACGACGGCCUCGACAACCACAACGGAUUCUAG